AUGGUGGCGUUCUGUUCAGUAUAUGUGGUUCAUUUUAUCAGAAUAGUAGCAGGGAGAGGAAGGAGAAUGGGGGGGGGGGGGGGGGGCGGGGUAGGGGCUGUGCAUGGGGCUGCAGAUGCGCGUGCAGAGGGCAGCAGGGCGCACGGGGCGCACAGGGAAGCAGGGCAGCAGGGCGCGCGGGGCGCGCAGGACAACAGGGCGUGCGUGGCGCGCAGUGCUGCAGGGCGCGCGGGGCGCGCAGGGCAGGAGGGCAGCAGGACGCGCGGGGCGCGCAGGACACCAGGGCGCAUGGGGCGCGCAGGGCUGCAGGGCGCGCGGGGCGCACAGGGCAGCAGGUCAGCAGGGCGCGCGGGGCGCACAGGGCUGCAGGGCGCGCGGGGCGCACAUGGCUGCAGGGCGCGCGGGGCGCGCAGGACAGCAGGGCGUGCGUGGCGCGCAGGGCUGCAGGGCGCGCUGGGCGCGCAGGGCAGCAGGAAGGGGGUGCAAGGGGAACUCACGAGGGGGUGCAAGGGGCACUCACGAGGGGGUGCGAGGGGCACCCACGAGGGGGUGCGAGGGGCACUCACGAGGGGGUGCAAGGGGCACUCACGAGGGGGUGCGAGGGGCACCCACGAGGGGGUGCGAGGGGCACUCACGAGGGGGUGCGAGGGGCACCCACGAGGGGGUGCGAGGGGCACUCACGAGGGGGUGCAAGAGGCACUCACGAGGGGGUGCGAGGGGCACCCACGAGGGGGUGCGAGGGGCACCCACGAGGGGGUGCAAGGGGCACUCACGAGGGGGUGCGAGGGGCACCCACGAGGGGGUGCGAGGGGCACUCACGAGGGGGUGCAAGAGGCACUCACGAGGGGGUGCAAAGGGCACUCACGAGGGGGUGCGAGGGGCACACACGAGGGGGUGCAAGGGGCACCCACGAGGGGGUGCAAGGGGCACUCACGAGGGGGUGCGAAGGGCACCCACGAGGGGGUGCGAGGGGCACUCACGAGGGGGUGCAAGAGGCACUCACGAGGGGGUGCAAGGGGCACUCAGAUACCCUCCUCCCACUGCUGCACCCGCAGCAGGGGCAUGGAGGAGAAGCAGGGGGACGGAGGAGAAAGGGGGGGGGGGGAGGGGGGCGGGGGGGGGCGGUGCAGGGGCUGCGUGGGCGACCGCAAGUCGCACGAAAAACAUCCGCCACCCCCUCACACCCUCUCCCCCACUCCCCCCACAGCAGCAGGCGCAGAUCCCCUCCCCCCGCACUGCUGCACCCGCGGCAGGGGAAUGGAGGAGAAGGGGGGGGGGCGGGGGGGGGGCUGGUGCUGCAGAUCCCCUCCCCCCCCCUUGCUGCACCCGCAGCAGGGGGAUGGAGGAGAAAGGGGGGGCUGGGGGGGCGGUGUAGGAGCCGCUCGGGCGACAGCAGGGCGCGCGACGGGCAAGAACCCGUCGUGCACCAUACCCGCCACCCCCAUACCCCCCCCCAACAGCAGGGGGAUGGAGAAGAAUGGGGGAUUGGAGGGGGGGGGGGUGGCUGCUGGCUUGGUGACGAAGCAGAGCAGCGGGGCGCUGGAGGUGCAACCCCCCCCCAACACCGCUCCUGCAUCCCCCAAGCACCCUCCCCCCCCUUUUCCCCCGCCCAAACUGCUGCACGCGAGGUAG